AUGGCAAACUCCUGGGAGACUGCUAAAAGCUCUGAAUGUGACAAUGGGAUUGGCACCAGCAAUGGGGAUCUAGCCAGUGGUAUCAAUGUGGAGCUGAAUGAUGCAGGAGUGUCUGAAAGACUGACUGGUGGGGACUGGAAUGGUGGGGGUGACCCCCAAGGUGGCUCAUGCAAUGGCAUACCUGGGGCAACAGGCAGUGGUGAUUUGUCCCAUGCCAGCUCAAGUAACAGGGUGCUGUCAGAGAGGUGUGUUGAUAUGGAGUCCCAAGGAGGCUCAACCAAUGGGCUGCUAGAGGAGGGAGAUGGUGCCAAUGACUCCCAUGCUGGCUCUAUCAAGGGUGAUCUGGGCAAACCAGCAGACUGGAAGGAGGGUUCCAUUCUGGUUCAUCACUGGACCAGUGAAUUCACCACACUGCUCAAGCACCCACCACCUGCACACCAAAGCUUUACCAACAACAUCCAGCUGGUCAUCACCACUGAAAAUGCCAAGCAGAUGGUCAAGGAGGCUGCCAGGGUUACAAUGCAGGCACUGAGAGGACUUUGGGGCUGGGACACUAAGCACUGGGGCAAAGCAGCUCAGCUUGUGUGGGCCCAGCUGGGAAUGGUCCAAAUGGUUGUUGAACAUCUACCCCUGGCAUUCAAGAUCCCUCCACAUCUUAUUGCUAUCGAUAUGCACAUGGUUGACCCAGCAACAAUCUUUGCCAUGCAGAUGUGGCCACCUUUCAACCAGAUGAUGAUGGCCUGA